UCAUGUAUUAUUAUUCUUAUUCUCAUUAUCCUGACAACUUUACUUUUAGCAGCAGCAAAUGUUGAUAGCAAAGAAACACAGCAGAAGGAACUGGUUGAUGCCAGUGCUGAAAACGCCGUGUCUCCGGUCCCACUGCCUGAGUCGAGAAUCCCAGCCGAUGGGACUAGGAGCAGUACAAUGUUGACAGAUCUUGUAUCUGAAUCAAGAACAGAGGAAACAGAAAGGAAGGAACCUGUGAAUGAAGGUGAUCAACAAAUAAUGUCACCCCCACGACCACUUACUUUGAAUGAAGAAGACGGUGGCAGUGCUAAUAACCCAGGCGCUGCAUCUGAACCAAGAAGAGAAGAUAUAGAAAGAAAGGAACCUGUGAAUGACGUUGCACCUGAAUCUGCAAAAGAAGGCACAGAAAGAACAGAACCUGUAAAUGAUG